AUGCUUCAUCAACUUGAUAACACUGACCCGUCCUCGCGUCUAUCAGAUGCUGGCUUCCUGGUCCCCGGUGCUUUCGCUAUGGACACCAAUGCGCCUACCUCCACUCUGACGACUAUUGAAAUCUCGUUGCCUCCUUUCAUUAUCCCGGGUACAAGCCCUGUCUCUGCUCCUGAGGGUGGCAUUUCCACUGUUCACAUCACUCUUCCCACCACGGUCCCUACCACUGUCUCUGGUCCUGGAGGCAUCUCGGCUGUUCACAUCACUCUUCCCACCACGGUAGCUACCACUAUCUCUGGUCCUGGAGGCAUCUCGACUGUUCACAUCAGUCUUCCUGGCCCAGUCACAACCACUACUGUGUCUACUCCUGAGGGUGGUAUCUCUACUGUUCACUUCACUAUUCACCCCACUGGUGAGGUGCCGACCACCUUCAACACCGCUGUCCACCCUAUUCCUCCUGCCGAGACAGUCGCCCGCAGCAGCAACGACACUGAGUCUGUGAUCCCGCUGCACUCUAUCAAGACCACUGGUGGAGUGACCCUCGCCAACAGCACCCAGGCUCCCUCGGCUUCUGCCCACCCCAACCGUGCUUCCCUUGCCAAGGGCAUCCACAACCACUCGGUUCUUAUUCUGGCUGUCGGUCUCGCUUACAUUAUGUGA